UUAUAGCAUGGCUUGAUCCAAAUAAAACAAGUAUUGGAGAUAAAACGGAGGCACCUUCAGAGGUUAAUGACUCUCUGGAAAUUCUCCGGCAUACUCCACUGGCGAAACGACUCUUGGAAUGGUAUCUUGCUGCAGUGUGUCGGCAUUUUUUAGAGACUUUUGACACGAAAUUAAAACAAUGGCGUGAAACAUGGAAAUUACAAGAAGAGAUCACAAUUCCUAAUUCUGAAAUAUUAGACAAUUGGGUUAGUAAAUCUUACGAGGAAAUUAUUCACGAUAUCUAUUCGCAUUUCAAGAAAUGCGAAAAUUCAUUAUUUCUUAUUCAUGCUAGUGUCGAUUUUUUACAUCAUUUUCGGAUUCAAUAUCACACAAAUCUUUAUUCAUUGCUUAGUGGUGACUCUAAACCAUUUUCUGCUGUACCUUCAUUGUUUAAGGACAUGUCCAAAGUAUUGUUUCGCGCUCAUUUUCAAAAAUUUAAUAAUAUUAUGGAAUUAUAUCAACUUGAAAACGGACAAUCAAUUUUGCAAAAGGUCAAGCAUCCAGUUGAAAAAUUUGAAUCCGAUCUUUUUGCAUGGAAAACAUUGGACAAUAUAAGUGUCAUUUUUUCCAGACAAGAAAAUGAUUCUUUUAAUAGUGAAAAUAACAAUUCAGUAGCGAUGGAUCUCGAUGACAUGGAUAUUUUAAGCGAAAAAAUAGAUAUAUCGCAAAACAAUAUGGAUCCGAGUUUGGCUGAAGACUUGAACAAAGAAAUAUCGGCCUUUUCACAGUUAUAUAAUGAAAUGGUUGCUUUAGAUUUAAUGCAGCGUACUAAAGAUACAUUGGAAGAAACUUUAUGUGAGCAGAUUGAGCUUAGAAUUUUAAAUACCUGCAAAGGCACAUUCAACAAACCAAUGCUUCGCUCUUCAUCAAAAUGGUUGUAUUCGGUUGUUUAUCAUUGGCUACGAAUUGUUCUAUCGUCAGAUCCCCAAACCUCAGCUGAUUCAAUAGAAG